AUGAAUGAGUUAAAACUUCUUGAAAGAUUGCCAGCAAGAAAAACAAAUAUCAAGAUGAAUUUUGUUAUAAAUGGUGUAUUUUCGUUUCCUGAGGAAUGGAGAGUAACAGAUGAAUCAAAUCCAAAUUUAUUUUAAUACUCAGUUGCAUUUCUUGAUUAAAGAUUGUCAGGUGGAAAAGUAUUACCUAGAGAACUAACCGAGAAGGAGAAAAAAGAAAUUGAAGAAGCAGAAGCGGCAAAGAAAGCAAAAAAGUAACCAAAAAAAGAUGCUAAAAUUGAAGUAAUAUUGAUUAAUACUCUUAGCCCCCUAAAUUAACGCCAGAGGAGGAGAAAGAGAAGCUUCUCAGAGAAUAAAUGGAACUUGAAGAAUAAUAAAAACUUAAGGCAGAAUGGGAUGCUUUGACAGAAGAGGAAUAAUUUUAUAAAACUUAAGAAGAUCAAUUCAAAUGUCCUAGCAUUAAGUUUGAUCAAAACUAGUUUUCUUAAGAAUUAACAGGAUAAAAGCUAGUUAUACAAUAAGAGAGAGUGAGAGUUGAUAAAGGAGAAUGGAUAUUUUUGUAUAAAUCUCCCAUUCCAGGAGAUGAAGAAGUAGCAAAACUAAAAAAAACUAAACCAAAGACUUUAAAUAUCAACGAUUUAAAUAUCAUUGUAUUUAAAGCCUGGAUAGACUAUUUACCAUUUUAAACUCCAGGAUAAACUGAAACUAUUUAAAGAAUAAAGUUUACUUAGUAUAUGGAUGAGCAGUCUCCUCCAGAAACACCAAAGCCUAAUAUAGAAACUAUGUAUAUGUACCUAAAGAUUAAUUUAUCUCAACCAAUAACCCCUAUUAGAUUUGAACCCUAACCAACAUUUUAAGACUUGAUUCCUUUAGCUCCUGAACCUCAACCAAUUCCAUUAAGUUAGUAAUGUAUUGAAGAGUUGAGGAGUGAUCUUUAGGUCAUAAUAGAAUCCUUAGCGAUGGAAUACUCUAAUAUGUUUUCGAAAGAUCUAAACAAAUAUCAAAACGAAAAAUAAAGUAAUAUGUUAAUGACACAUAAGAAAUAGUCUCUUUAAUAAAGAAAGGAACAUUUUUUAUAUGAUUUUAACAUAUCUGGAAAAUACAAAAUUUUAAAGGAAAGAAUUAAAAAGAGUAUUGUAAAGUUAUGUAGAGAUAAAUUUGGUAAGUCUGGUUCAGUAACAGGCAUUUCAACAACAUAAUCAGAUUAAUUUUAUUCAGAACUUUAUGUGUUUCUAAUGGAGGAAAUGAGAUAAGUCUUAAUUAAUAUGGUGAGAGAGAAUAAAGAAGCAUUGCAAGAGGAUUUCUCUCAUUUACUUUCAAAGAAAAAAACUAUCUAGGAUGUUGGAUUUUAGGAAAUCAUAGUAGAAAAAACAAAUGAAACUAGAAAACAGUAACUUGAGAGAUUAUGUUAAGAAUAUGAGAUGUUAAAUAGAACUGAAGAGGUGGAAAAACAUUUAAGAGAUUUGAAUAUAAUCAACCCAAAAGAUCAGGAUGCUUUAAUGAAAUUUGCAUUCUUCUGUCUUCGAUGUGCAAAGAUAGAAUAGGCUGUAACCCUUGUAGAAUAAGCACUAUCUUUUGAUGGACAUAAUCAAUAAAAUUAAUUACUAUUAGCUGGUUUGUAUUAAAAAAGAGAAAAAAUUUCUGAAGCUAAAUUUAUUUUGGAAUUGCUAUUAGAUUAAGAUCCAAAUAAUUUAAUUUAUCAUCUUUUUUACAAUCUUAUUAUAUAAUAAUAAGACUAAGAAUUAGCAGAUUUCAUGAUGCAAAAAGCAGAGAGAAUAUGGCUUAGACAACUGAAUCUAAUUAAAUAAGAAGGGAUGCAUCAUGAAGAUCCUUAGUUAUUUGAUAUUCCUUGGAUAAAGAUUCCAAUCCCUGUUCCAGAUAAGCCUGAAAAAGAUAAAGCAAUUUUAGAACAAAGAGAAUAAUAAAGAAUUGCUUGGGAGAAUGCUCAUAAUUAACCUUAAUUGACUGAAUAAUAAUAAGAUUAGAUGAUAUUGUAACUGGUGGAAUUCUUUGAGAAUGCUUGCCUCUUUGAGUUAGCCGAAUAAUCAUUGAGUCUUUUAAAUGAUCAAUCGCAUAAUAAAAUUACGAUGUUAAGAGCAAAGAUAUAUUUAUAUAAGUCUGAAUAUGCUCAGUGCUUGGAUUUAAUUGAAAAUAUGCUAGGUAUGAUCAUAUAAUAUUUAAAGAAUUUAAUCCUGAAAAUUUGGAAAUACGUAUUGAAUACAUAAAAGUAUUGUUUAAGAGUCAAGAUUUUGAUAAAUGCGAAAAGUAGAUUAAAUUUGUAUUACCAAAUCCCUAACUGAGAGAGGAUCCAAUUACAUAUUUUAGUAUGUAUUUGAUUUUGGGUUCAAUUUAUAUACAAGAAAAAUAAUUUGGUAAUGCUAGAGCAGUAUUCACAAAAGCAUGUUAAAUUAAAGAUAAUUCAUCCUUGUCUUGGAUGGGAUUGGGUAUAUCUUCUCAUGAAUGCGGAAAGUAUAAAGAGGCAGAAGAUGCCUUAAGAAUGGCUAAUCUUUAUGAACCUACAAAUGAUACGGUCUGGGGAUAUAUUGCAUUAAAUUGUUUAAAGGAUGGUAAAAGGUUCAGGGAUGCUAAUUCAGCCUUGAAAGAAAUGAAUAAAACUGAUGUAUAUAAUAUUUCAUAAGUAAUUAGGUUGGAUAAGUAAAUUUAAUGGUUCGUCUAAGCAAAGAGUUUUAUAAUAUUGAGGAAUAUUUAACAGCUAAAGAAUUAUUACAAAAGGCCAUAAAUUGGGCUAAGAUUUAAGAUAUGCUUACUGAUGAAAUUAAUUAAUUUGAGAUACAAUUAGCAGAAACUAAUGAAAAGCUUGGAUAACUCUAACAAGCCCUAGAUAUUUAUUAAGAGAUUUUAAAUGGAGAAUGCGGAUCUUUGGAAGAACACUUAAAAUAAUAAAUAAAUAGACUACAUUUCCAAAUCAAUAUUAAAUAUUGA